AUGAGUGCCAAUAUGGUCCUCUUCCAGUUGGUUGACCAGAGGCUCAAAGAACUGAAACAAAGAGAAUUUGCUCGAAAUGUAGCAUCUAAAUCCUGGAAAGAUGAAAGAAAACAGGAAAAGGCACUUCAACGUCUGCACAAGCUUGCAGAGCUGAGAAAGGAAACUGUGUGUGCUCCUGGAAGUGGCCCCAUGUUCAAGUCAACAACUGUUACCGUGAGAGAAAAUCUUAAUGAAAUUUCACGACGAGUUGUUGUGGAUUCAAUUAAUAACCCAGAAGAAUUCAAAUACACUUUGAUUCAUAGUGAAGAGAAUUCUAAAGAUGUUACUGCUGUUACUGCAGAUCCAGAAAGCACAAAUAAUUAUACAGCAAAAAAUACCCAACUUGGGGAUCAAGCCCUGGGAAUUCAGAGACAUAAAAUUGGCUUUUCUUUUGCAUUUCCAAAGAAAGCAUCAGUGAAGCUGGAGUCCUCAGCUGCAGCCUUUUCUGAAUACAAUGAUGAUGCCUCUGUGGCAAAAGGACUUAGCAGAAAAAGUAGGUUUGUCCCUGGUGCUUGUCAUCUUCAACUAUCUUCACCAACAGAUGUGCUUUUGAGUUCUGAGGAAAAAGCUAACACUUUUCAUCCACCUGAGGCAAGAUGCUCUGACAAAGAAAAAAUGCUUCAAACUCAAGAGAUGAAAGAAGUCUCCAGCACAAAAGAUAUGUCAUUGUUACCUUCAUUUUGCCAAGUUCAACUCUCUUUAUCUUCUGAUGCAGAAGAUUGCCAAAAUUCAGUCCCAAUAGUAGAUAAAAUACCACCAGAAGAUGUUAUUAGUACUGAAGACAUAACUAUGAAUUGUAGCAGCUCUGAGUUGUUAGGAAAUAAAUCCACAGUUCUUGACAUGCCUAACGAUUGCUUAUCUUGGCAAGCUACCACAGAAGAAAAUAUUAAGAACAAUGACACAUCCACAAAUGAGGUUGCAAGUAAAAAUCAUGAUUCUGAGAUUUUGGUCCUUUCAAAUACUGAAGAGGAAAAUACAAACUUACGUAAAAAAUCAGAUUUAUGUAAAAGACAAUGUGAGCCAUUUGUACCUGUACUUAACAAACAUGGAUCAACAGUUCUUCAGUGGCCAUCGGAAAUGCUCAUUUAUACAACCACUCAACCAUCAAUCUCUUAUAGCUGCAAUCCCCUCUGUUUUGACUUCAAGUCCACAAAAUUCAAUAACAAUCCAGAUAAAAAUAAACUGCCCUUAAAGGAUCUUUGCUCUCAGCAAAAGGGAGAGGACAUUUGCAAGGGCCCAGAUUCAGAGUACAAGGACACAUCUGUCACAGGACUCAAUGAUUAUGAAAUUGUAGAUAGUAGAAAAGAAUAUACCCAAGUCACUCCUCUUUUAGCUGAUGAAAGUGUCUCCAAAAGUUAUUAUACUGGAAAAAAAGGGAAUAUGGAUCUGAGAUUUAAAAAUGUUUCCUGUAAAAUCAGAAACACAGAAAAAUAUAAUUUUGCUAAAAAGCAAAUAAAACAAGACAUUCUAGAUGAGAAAUACAACAAAAUACGGUUAAAAGAUACUCAUGAACAUUGGUUCCAUAAGAGUAGAAGGAAAAAAAGAAAAAGAAAGUUAUGUCAGCAUCAUCAUGGGGAGAAAACCAAAGAAUUAGAAUCUCACUUAAAAAUGGAAAUGGAGAAUAACUACAUUGAUAAAACUAGGACAAAUCUACUGGAAACAAUUUCAGAAAAGCAGUAUUUAGCUGCAGAACAAUUAUCAGAAUCACAUCACUUACCUGGUAAAAGGCCCAAAUCAGCAUCCAUAUGCCUAAGUGAAAAUGAAGAAAUGUGUAAAACUUGGAACACCAAAUACAGUAAUAGUGAUGCUGUCAGUUCUAAAACUCACUGUAGAAAAAAUACAAUUGUUUUAAACAGACAAUCAAAUCCAACCAUGACACAUUCUGGCAAACAUAAUUUAACAUAUUCCAGAACUUUCUGUAGUUGGAAAACCAAAAAGUCAAGCUGUAGCCAGGAUCACAAAUGUUUAGUUCUUCAAAAUGGCAUAGAAUGCAUGGGUCAGAAUCAGGCUGUUAAACGAGGUUAUACUUCUCUCGAAGCAGAAAGAUUCCAUCGAAAACGUAGACAGCAUUCAUAUUCUUAUUCUUCAGAUGAAAGUUUGCAUCAUCAAAAUUAUUUACCAGAGGAAAUUUUAAGGCCACCAACUCUCUGUAAGCCUAGAAAGAAACGGAGGAGAAAAAGAAGCAAAUUCCAUACUAGAUAUGAAGGUUUGGAACUUAAAGAGAAUUCAUAUUGUCUCAUGAAAGACAAUUCUUGUUUAAGCAACCUGAAUGAGUUAAUAAAUGAAGACAAAAAGGAGGGAAUAAAACCAAAAGAAGUUACAAAUAUUGAGAGAAACUCAGAAAACACAGACCAAGUAGAAAACAACAUGACUUUGAACUCCAGCAGUCUUCUUCCUCCUGAAACCAAUAGUGAAGCUGAACAUGUCAUUAUGGAGACAAUUUCUAGUGACUUUUCAGAGGUUUCCAGUGAUCCUACCACACCUCUCUAUGUAGCCAGUGUUCCAACAAAAGUAGCAAUUGAAAAUACCUUGCUCGAACACAAGAAAACAUGUGAAACUAUCAAUAUUAAUGAAAAACAAACUCCUUCCAAGGUGCCCAAUAUUGAAAGGAACUUUAGACAGCCACAAUCUAAAUCAUACCUUUGCCAUUAUGAACUGGCUGAAGCCUUUCCACAAGGAAAGAAGAAUGAGGCAUCAACUGAAUGGCUACGGUAUAAUUCAGGAAUCCUUAAUACUCAACCACCACUAGGAUUCAAAGACACACACGUCAGUGGUCAUACUUUUGUAACAACUGAGCAAAUUCUGGCUCCAUUAGCUUUACCAGAACAAGCAUUAUUAAUCCCUCUAGAUAACCAUGACAAGUUCAAAGAUCUACCAUGUGAGGCCUACCAGCACAUCAUACAGCCCAAUAUACUGGCCAACAAGGUCAAGUUUACCUUUCCUCCAGCCACCCUCCCACCCCCCGGCACACCUCUGCAGCCUUUGCCUCUGCAACAGCCUUUAUGUUCUACCUCUGUAACCAUCAACCACACUGUUUUGCAGCAGCAUGCAGCAGCUGCAGCAGCCGCAGCCGCAGCAGCAGCUGCAGGGACCUUUAAAGUGCUUCAGCCACACCAACAGUUUCUUUCCCAAGUCCCAGCUCUACCCAGAGCAUCGUUACCUCAGAUCUCAGUAGGACCAAGGCUUUGUCCUGGCAACCACCCAACUUUUGUGGCUCCGCCUCAAAUGUCAAUCAUUCCUGCUUCAGUUCUUCAUCCUGGUCAUCUGGCUUUCCCACCUUUGCCCCAUGCACUCUUUCCUUCACUUCUUUCCCCACACCCUACUGUCAUCUCUCUGCAACCUCUCUUCUAG